UCAAAUAACAGUCGGAAAAAUGAAGAGUUACCUCAAUAUCAUAAACAAAUAAAGGUACUUUUCUUUCUUCUCAAAAUUUUUGGUGUUUUGUAAUUUACAAGCAAUUGGGUCCUAAUUUGUUGUCCAAGAAGAUAGAAAAACAGUGUAGUCAUGGAAGAAACUCAAGAAAAGUUCCCACUAAUGACAGAAUCAGAUCAGAUAACCAAAGAAGUAGGCUCAGAAUUAAAUGAGAUAGAGAAAGAAGGAAGCUCCUCAGAAGGAAGCUCCUCAGAAUCUUCAGAACCAAAAACAAAGUACAUGAAGUGGAUUAAGAUCUCUGUCUAUAUCAUCUUUCUUCUUCUAGGACAGGCAAUGGCAAACCUCCUUGGAAGACUCUACUUUGCAAAAGGAGGCAAUAGCAAAUGUAUUGGAACCUUGGUGCAAGUAGUAGGCUUCCCCAUCUUCCUUCCUUAUUACUUCAUAACAGAAACAAAAAAAAAAACAAACACACACAACAUUUCACAAACAGAGCAACAACAACGUCAAACAACCUUGGAACUGGUUGUGGUUUAUGUCUCAUUGGGGCUGUUUUUAGCUGCAGAUGACUACAUGUUCUCAGUUGGCCUAAUGUAUCUCCCUGUCUCCACUUAUUCCCUCAUUUGUUCCUCACAAAUAGCCUUCAAUGCGAUCUUCUCCUUCUUCCUCAAUUCCCAAAAGUUCACUCCUGCAAUAAUCAUCUCUCUUAUUCUUCUCACCCUCUCCUCAACCCUCCUUGUCUUUCAAACCGAAUCAGAUGGCUCAGUCAAAGAAAAGGCCUCUAAGGCCAAAUACAUCAUUGGCUUCGUCUGCACCAUGGCUGGAGCAGCAGGCUAUGGCCUACUGCUUUCUUUAACGCAGCUGUUCUUCACCAAGGUCAUGAAAAGCGAGUCAUUCAAGGCGAUGGUCGACAUGAUUGUGUACCGGUCGUUGGUUGCUUCUGUAGUCAUUAUUUUUGGGCUUUUUAUGAGUGGAGAGUGGAGGGAUUUGAAGAGGGAGAUGAAUGAGUUUGAGUUGGGGAAAGCGUCCUAUUUUAUGACAUUGGUUUUUAUUACCUUUAUAUGGCAAGCUUUCACUAUUGGGUGUGUUGGUUUGAUAUUUGAGGUUUCUUCUCUGUUUUCCAAUGCUGUAAGUGUUGUGGGAUUGCCUAUAGUUCCUGUUGCAGCAGUGAUCGUCUUUCAUGAUGAGAUGAGUAAGCUGAAAGGUGUUUCCAUGGCUUUGGCGAUUGCGGGUUUCAUUUCCUAUGUUUAUCAGCAGUAUGUUGAUGAUUUCAAGUCCAAGAAGGAUUCCAAAAGUUUAUUGUGAUUUGUCAAGAAAGAUGAAGAAAUGCGGAAUAUGGCACCUUCUUAUUCUUCUUCUACUUCAUCUACAGCAAAUUUUUUCAGUUUAGCCUACUAAAUUGUAACACAACAACAGAUAUCUUUUGGAAAAUUAUAAGGCAUUUGAAAGUAUGUAUUAUCCA